AGACGUGUUGAACACCAUGUGGGUAAAUAUCCAAAAACAAGUGUUGUCUUCUCGCGUCUUUCAUCAAUGACGAAAAUGGAGCUUCGACCUUUGGGUAACACUGGACUUAAGGUAAGCGCCGUUGGUUUCGGUGCCUCUCCGCUCGGAAGUGUCUUCGGUCCAGUCGCCGAAGAUGAUGCCGUCGCCACCACGCGCGAGGCUUUCCGUCUCGGUAUCAACUUCUUCGACACCUCCCCGUAUUAUGGAGGAACACUGUCUGAGAAAAUGCUUGGUAAGGGACUAAAGGCUUUGCAAGUCCCUAGAAGUGACUACAUUGUGGCUACUAAGUGUGGAAGAUACAAAGAAGGUUUUGAUUUCAGUGCUGAGAGAGUAAGAAAGAGCAUCGACGAGAGCUUGGAGAGGCUUCAGCUUGAUUAUGUUGACAUUCUUCAUUGCCAUGACAUUGAGUUCGGGUCUCUUGAUCAGAUUGUGAGUGAAACAAUUCCUGCUCUUCAGAAACUGAAACAGGAGGGGAAGACCCGGUUCGUUGGUAUCACUGGUCUUCCGUUAGAUAUUUUCACUUAUGUUCUUGAUAGAGUGCCUCCAGGGACAGUUGAUGUGAUAUUGUCAUACUGUCAUUACGGCGUUAAUGAUUCGACGUUGCUGGAUUUACUACCUUACUUGAAGAGCAAAGGUGUGGGUGUGAUAAGUGCUUCCCCAUUGGCAAUGGGUCUCCUUACAGAACAAGGUCCUCCUGAAUGGCACCCUGCUUCCCCUGAGCUCAAGUCUGCAUGCAAAGCCGCAGUUACUCACUGCAAAUCAAAGGGUAAGAAGAUCACAAAGUUAGCUCUGCAAUACAGUUUAGCAAACAAGGAGAUUUCAUCGGUGUUGGUUGGGAUGAGCUCUGUCUCACAGGUAGAAGAAAAUGUUGCAGCAGUUACAGAGCUUGAAAGUCUGGGGAUGGAUCAAGAAACUCUGUCUGAGGUUGAAGCUAUUUUAGAGCCUGUAAAGAAUCUGACAUGGCCAAGUGGAAUCCAUCAGAACUAAAAAAGCUUUUUGUGUUUCUGGUAAACUCUUGUCUUGCUUCUUGUAGUGCUUCUGCAUUUGCUGUGUCAUUGUGUUAAUAACAGUGUAACUCUGGUUUGAUAUAAUUAAUAAACUUUCUGAGUUAUC